AUGGGGGCCAGAAGGCCGGAUGAAGAGGCCACACCUCGGCCGAGAGAGCUCGGUGACGCAACGCAAAGUGCCUGGCCAAUCGAUGCAGAAGUCGAAGAGGAGCCGCAGCUUGGCGGGAUGAUGGAAGGAAGAGUCGAGAAAACCAAACAACGGUGGCGGCGAGAGUCCAGGGCUGGGGUGAAAGUUGGAGGAUUUGAGGAGCGGGGCCGUUGGAAGCGAGACGAGAUGACAGUCACGGCGAGUCAAGGCGAGUCCAGGCAAGGCAAAGGCGAAGGCGGGAUGAUGCGAGGCGAGGCGAAACGACGAACGGUUCGAUUUCGAGAUGCUUCGGGCGAUGUGGUGUGA